AUGGUGCUUGUGCUCGCCGUGGGCGACACGUGGGUGCCGCAGCGGUCCAGCGGCGUCCCGGAGGUAUUUAGCAAAAUGUUCUCACCUGGCCGCAUUCACACAGUGUUGAUAACGGGCGGAGUCGGUAGCAAGGGGAUGUACGACUACUUGCGCACGAUUGCCCCCGAGGUGCACUGCGUGGAGAGCAGCGUCGACCGGCAGUGGGCAGAUCACAUGUCUGAAAGUGUCGUACUGACGGUGGAGAGCCUCAAGAUCGGGCUGGUUCGUGGUAACCAAGUACCUCUCGGGGACAAGGAGUCACUCGCAGCGAUACAGCGGGAACUGGAUGUGGACGUGCUGGUGUCAGGCUCUACGCACCAGCCUCAGUACUUCGAGUUUGAUUCCCACCUCUUUGUCAACCCAGGCUCUCUGAGUGGCGCAGAUACAGAGUGCGAGGUGAAUGUGGUGCCCUCGUUCAUGCUGCUGGACGUCCAGGACACAUCUGUGGUGACCUUCAUUUAUCAGUAUCAGCCGAGCGACGACAGCGACGGUGGUGGCACUGCUAGCGAGGGCUUGGAGACUGCUGGGAUGGUGCCGGGCCUCAGGAUCAAGAAGAAGGAGUGGGUGAAGGAGUGA